AAAGUUUUCGCAGUUAUUAUUUGUAAAUUGUAAAUGAUGCAGCUUUUUUAAAUUGACUCCAUAAAAAGAUUGCCAUGAUAAGAGCUGUGGGAGUAAUAGUCUGUUUUAAUGUAUUUGUAUAUGUUAAUGCGCAAUCUAUUUGUGGACAUUAUUACUCUGUAGAAUCAAGGUACAAAUAUAAGUGUGGACUAUGGGACGCUUUUAGGUGUACAGGAACGAGAUAUCACCAGCGGUAUGAUGAAUAUUGUUGUCCAGGAUAUGAACACUAUAGUAAUUGUUAUCCUGUAUGCAAUGGGAGGACAAUAUUAAAUAGCGCAUGUAACGAAGCAUAUACAUCAGACAGCAUUAUAUACAGAGGAGGAAGUUCUAGGAACAGUGGAGGGGGUACCUGUUCAUCACCAAAUUACUGCACUAAUUGCCAGGAUGGAUUUUAUCAAUAUGGUGGAAAGUGCUUAAUUUGUCCACCGAUAAACAAUUGUAAUCACAGAAAAUGCACGACAUCCAGUGACAAUUACUGUCAGUACUGUCAGUAUGAGAUUAUAGACAAACUGUAUUGGAGGGCGUAUACAAGGCACUACGACGGACAGCAGAAGCAGUGUAAAAAGUCAUGUUCCUGGCGAUCUGAUAGUACAAGAUGUUUCCCAGGACAGUGUUCAAAUGAAAUAAUAGAAACAUGUUCUUGUACAUCUGGUUUUGGAGGAAGUCAGUGUGACACAAUCACAGAAAAGACAACGAUUCUUUAUGCGGAAAUAAAACUUCACAACCCAUCACACGAAACUAUCACAACACCAUUGGAUCCCAGUGACACAGGACCACAACCCGUCAGAUUUACGAACAAGAACAACCUCAAUGCUGCGGAAAUUGAAUUUCGGGGCAAAUUUUUAACUUCUGGAACACCACCUCCACACGACACAACUGGCGAUACUCAUUUUGUGACAGAUUUCGACUAUGGUAUUGUUUAUGGACAAAUGAAACUAGAAUAUAUAAUAGGCUCGAGUACCAGUACCCACACAUUCAGCUGUCCGUCAACGGAAGAUUAUCCAAUUAAAACAAAUUACAUUUGUUCAAGAACAAACACCAACAACAGUGCAGUAUCACUUCCUACAUUCGGUCACAGUGAUAGAUUAAUAUAUAAAAUCGAUGUAAGAAACGGUGGUUUCCUGAAGUACAUAAACAGAGAGACAUCCUCGACAAUUAAAUCGUAUCUUUCAGGACAGACUACAACUAUAAGCUACACAGUACAAUGGGAUUACGUAGUCCCAUAUUUUUCUUGUUUUCAGCUACACGGAACCAGUUGUACUGUUUCACCAAUAAAUAUACAAGAUGUAACUGAUCAGAACAUAAUUACGUUUUCAUGGGAACAGUGGACAGAUGAUUUGGCUGGGAUAGAUGAAUACGAGUUUGACGUUUUCCAUUUACAACCUUAUGGUGACGUUCUAAUGGAAGGAGACAAAUUUACCACAUCAAAUAGAACUUUGUCAUCUGUAUUAGAGAGUGAGUUAAAUGUGACAACACCAGGAGUGUAUUCCAUAAUACUUACAGCUUUUGAUAAAGCCGGCAACUAUAAAUCCACCAGAUCUUUAUUUUUCUUUGACGACAAUUCAAUUGUGGAAACAACAUCUGGUACCAGAAUGAUAGUCACCGAAAGUACUGUGGAAACAGAUUAUGAAUGGGUAACUACGGAAACCAGUUUACUACAUGUCACAUGGCCUGGGCGUUUUAAAAAUGAAAGACAUGAUAUAUAUAAAUGGCUGCAUAAGAUAGAAAGCAACAGUCAUGUUGAUGACACUUAUGAUGAUAAAUUUGGAAGACGAACUGUAGAUUGGUUUACAAAUAUUAAAGGUGUGAUAAAGUUUGACAUCAACUUUACAGUGUCAGGACCUGAUGUUAAAUCGUUUCAAGGUUAUACAGAUGUACCAAACAUCUUACAGGAAUCGGAGACUUUGCCUGUCAUGUGGGAAGAUGGACAAAAACUGGACAUAAGCGUAAAGGCUACUGACAUUAUCGGGGAAUAUACAGAAGAUACAAUAACAAUUUAUAAAGACAUUUCCAAUCCGGAAAUAGAAAACCUUUGGUUAUCAUACGGAAACAAAACUGAAUUAUUUGUUCAUCGGUUAGAAGACUUAUCAUCAAUGACGUUCGAAUGGGAUACUUAUGAUUACCAUAGUGGCAUACACAGUGUACACUGGAAGAUUUAUGAUAAUUACACGGGAUCUGACGUACUCCAUGGAAGUUCGCAUGUAACAACACAAGCAGAUGCUUCUAAUGUGACUUCUUGUGAACACAAAUAUCAGAACUCUCCUCGUGGACCCGAUUGCUAUUGUACCAUAUAUCAUGGAUGUUUCCAUCGACAUUUUCAUGUUAAACCGGAAAUAGUGAACGGAACUGGUUUAACUCCCGGGAAAGAUAAAGGUGUUCAUGACUCUGACUAUUUCAUAGACAUUACAGUUGUCAAUAAAGCCAUGCUUUCGUCAGUUCUAUCGAAAAAAAUAACUAUUGAUAUAAGCCCACCACAAGCAGGUACUGUCCAUGAUGGAUUACCAGGUAGUCCAGAAGUUGAUUUUCAACAGGAAUUUAACCUGAAUUUCUAUUGGGAUGGAUUUUUUGAUCCAGAGAGUGGAGUAAAAUUUUACAAAUAUGUCAUAUCUGACCAUUGUUGGGCAAAAGAAGACUUAUUUGUCAGCAUUGAGGGGAAAGAAACAUAUCAAACAAUUACGAAUUACGUCGCCAAAAAAGAAGGAAAAUAUUAUAUGACAGUAGUAGCUAUCAACAGUGCAAAUGAAGCAUCUGAUUCAGUUUGUUCUGAUGGUGUAACAAUAAUGACAGACACACCAGCUGUCACAAACUUUGUUUUACAUGAAGCUAGAAUAAGUCCUAUGCUUGUCAAAGACACCAGCAAUACACUGUGGAUUAUUGGGGAAAAUCUAUCUCGGAUUGUUGUGAACGAUACUUCUAUUUGCAGCCACAUCACUUCAAUAACAGAGGAUAUUCAAUUGUUGCCAGAAGCAGAUACGAUAGAUAUAGUUUGCUCAAACUUACCCACAGUAUCUUCACCGUUUAUAUCAGUUCUACCAAGAACAUCACAGCUAAGCAUGAAAUGGGAUUCAAAUAUGGAUUAUAUAUUUGUUCACGACUACCAUAUAGGACUGUCAUCUACAAAAAAUAAUCCUGCUCCAGAUAUUUUACCGUUCCGCUCAACCAAACAUCAUAGACAUUUCAGGCUUAAUCAUCCAGACCUUACUGAAGGGACAUUGUUUUACAUCAUCAUAAAAUCUACCAGUAAAGCCAAUGUCGAUGGUAUUCAGAGUUAUGGUCCUGUUGUAAUAGACGUAACAGCUCCAGUGUUUACUGGUUCACACAUUAAUUUGGAGUUAAAAGAUAAAACACUUAUUGCUAAUUGGACCAGAACAGCAUUCACAGAUGGAGAGGAUCCUCAUCCUCUUACGUAUCAGUUUGCGCUAGGUCAUUCUGCAAGUGGAACAGACGUUUUAUCUUAUCGUCCACUUCAGUACAAUACCAAAUGUAUUAGGACAGAACCACCUGACUGCACAGCUAUUGACACUUCGUCACUGGACUGGUCAUUACACGGACAUCACGAUUACUAUGUCACCAUUAAAGUAACAAAUCUAGCUGGUUUGUCCAUAACUAAGACAUCAGUAGUUUAUACACACGACAUACAGUUACCGUCUGCUGGAAUAGUGUAUGACAUAAAUCCAAACAGUGGCAAUGAUAGUUCUUUAAAGGACCUUAUUGACAUUGAUUUUUCUGUUAAGUUUGAUUCCCUGGCUGCAGAAUGGAAAGGAUUUUAUCAUCCACACUUAUCUUUACAUUAUAAAGUCUGUGUUGGAACAGUGAAAGGGAAUUGUGAUGUUACUACAAAAACUAAUAUUGACAGUUCGACCAAUCAACAUGUAUUUGAUAACUUGCUGCUAAAAAACUUUCAGAAAUACCACAUAACCGUUGAAGCUGUUACCAAAAUUGGUUCUAUCAAGGGAUCAUCAGACGGAAUCACCAUAAUCAACAAUGCCACAGAGAUAUCUGGAGUAACCAUUAAUGAUGGGUCUUUAUGCUCAGAACCAGUUGUCUUAAAUGGAAGCCAUCAUAGACGGGAUAUAAUUUCAAGAUGCGAAACCGAUAUAGAUUACCAAACCUCGACUACAACUCUUUCAGCUAAGUGGGAAAUUCCGGACGACAAACUAAAACAAAUUGUUAGAAACGCAUAUUGGAGCAUUGAACAACGAUCUCCAGUUGGAGAUAUGUGGCUACGGUACAGAGACUUCAGUUACAUAGGAAGCCAAAGUCAUGUGAUAGUGAAUGAGUUAGACCUACAGCCUGGUUUGUCAUACAGAUUUACUAUAAAACUGUGUGCUGAUGAUGUAUGUUUCCAAGUGAUCAGCAGUAAUGGUGUAACCGUUGUACCGAGUUACCCUGUAACUGGUUCUAUGGAUGUGAAAAUAGAAACUCAAAAGCUCAUAGUGACCAUUGCGGCUAUGUAUGACCCCGAUAUAGAAGACAGAUUGGAAGCAGUAGAUGCAAUAGGAGUAUAUGAAUGGGCUAUAAAUGGUGGUUUAUACGGAGAUGGCUUGUUUGAAAAGUGGACUGAAAUAAAUACCAUUAACAAAAUUAACAACACCCAUGUUGAAUUUGAUAUAACAUUGUCCGGCGAAAUAGAUUUUACGAAGUGCAAGCGUUUUUAUAUCAGAGGAGCUAAUAAAGCUGGAGUUUGGUCUGUUGUAUCAACAGAUUUAAAACAGUGUCAUGUAGUUGACAGCCAUAGUCAGAUUAAAGCAAGAAUCGUAAUUGACGCACUUGGUGAAGCAGAUGAACAUGAAGAUGGUAUUGGAGGUGGUGUAUUUCUCGAAGAAAACGCAGCUUGGAUACCAACGGAUGUGGACUAUACCCCUUUCAAGAAUGUUCUAUCUGCUGUAUGGCCUUUACUCAGACAUAAAUCAUAUCAGUGGGGAGUUGUUGAAGUGAGCAGUAAAAAUGCACAGACGUUCUAUAAAGAAUUUACAGAUGUUGUGAUAACCGAUCCAUGCUCUCAUCCUAAUACAGUGCUAUGUGGACAAACAGUCAAAAACUUCGCAAAUAUACAUUUUAAUGAAACUGAGUAUUUAACUCAUGGAAGACGGUAUGCAGUUUGCGUAUACGCACCCGAAACUGUGAUUGAACAUGAGAAAUGGACAGAAACAUUGGACACAGUGACAUUAUGUAGUGAUGGUGUAACAGUUGACUUAACACCACCAGUACCUGGAAAAGUGUGGAUUGGUCCUGAUCCACUCGUUUUUUAUCAGACAUCUUCAUCAGAUAUCACUGUUAGUUGGGAUUCUUUUAUAGACGUCGAAGAAGAAAGCAAUUCAAUGCAUUCAUCUGGAAUAAAACAGUACUUCAUUUCAAUUGGUUCUAUUGAAGGUGGUGUUGAUAUUGUUGAUAACCACAAUGUUGGUGUGACUAACCAUAUGUCUUUCCAUAAUCUACAACUUCAGAACGGCCACAAAUAUUUCCUUACUGUGAAAGGUGUUGACUUCAUAAACCGAACUGCAGAAGUUCGAUCGUCUCCUAUAACUGUUGAUACAACACCACCAGAAUUAUCGGGCGAGUCCAUCUAUAUCAAGGGUAGAAUCAUCUCUAAUCUAACAAUAAUACAGGCUUGUUGGGAAGACGUGUUUCUUGAUAUCCAAAGCGGAAUAGAUUACUAUACAUGGGGAGUAGGUUCACUCAGUGGUCAGGAUGAUGUCAUACCGUUUUCAAAAAUUCGUGAAAACUGUGAUGUGUCGGCAGAAGAUGAAAGUUUUGAUUUAACAGAAGGCCAUCCUUAUUUCAUAACAGUUAUGGCGUUUAAUCGAGCACAUCUUUCUACUGUUAAAUCAUCAUGGGCCUAUAUUUAUGACAUGUCACCACCAACUGCCGGUCAUGUAUACGAUGGCAGUAACAAUAAAACGGAAGCCUCAACAAAAGAUAUAGAUUACCAGAUGGAAAUGGCACAACUAUCGGUUUACUGGGAAGGUUUCCAUGAUCCACAUUCAGUAAUCAAGUAUUACAACGUCCAUAUUGGAACAUGUCGAGGUUGUAAUGAUGUGAUGGCUGAACACACUGUUGGAAAAAAUACAGAUUUUAACGUUCAAAACCUUAAUCUACAAGCUGGAAUCAAAUACUUUACCACUGUUACUGCAUGCAAUACUGGAAAUCUAUGUACAUCGGUUACUACUGACGGUGUUAUUAUCGAUAACAGUCCACCUGUCCAAGGGGUAGUACAAGAUGGUGUUUAUGAACAUGAUAUUGAAUACCAGUCGACAAGAAAUUACCUGACAGCGAAAUGGUUUGGAUUUGUAGACUCUCAAUCUGGAAUAGAUCACUUCGUUAUUCGUGCUGGAACAUCGAGAGGAUCCGGUGAUGUAUACCCCCCAACAAGUUUGACUUCUUUUGAUAUGGUUGUAUUGUCUGAUUUGCCCAACCAACUACCUCUUAACCAUCGGAUAUACAUUACAAUACGUGCCUACAAUAAAGCAGGGCUUUACUCGGAAUCUACAUCCAAUGGUUUCAUAGUUGAUAUUUCCGCACCUGUAAUCAUCGCAAAACCUUCUUUAUCGGGUCAUUUGGGUACAUUUUUAGAGGGAAUAACUGUCUUACGAUCUGCAGUUAGAUUUCAGUGGAAUGUUGAAGACAGUCAGUCAGCUAUACAAAAGCAGUACAUUUCGUUGUCAUCACACAUAUAUGGACAAUUCAAUACAUCUUCUAUAACGGUAGCAGGAAUAAUGAGAGAAUAUACCUUGACCGGACUUGAUUUCUCUGAUGGUGGUUUAUACUACAUUAAAUUAAUUGUAUGUAAUGGUGCAAAGAUUUGUACAGAAAGUGAAUCUGACAGUUUUAUAGUAGAUACAACACCACCAACGUCUGGUAUGUUCGCUGUGAGUACAUAUCAUGCUGCAAACCUUCAACGUCAUACACUUGGUUCAAUGUCUUGGUCAGAAUAUCGCAUACAUGUUGCUUUGCUUGGAUUCAAUGACAUCCAUUCUGGCAUCGACAAAUAUUACAUAUCAGUUGGCAGUGAAUUUAUGGCUUUUGAUUUAAACAAGGUCCGAGGUUUGCCAAUGGAAUUUUAUCACAACGAUUCUGGUAUUCGGUAUUUGGAUGAAGGCCCUCUGCAAUUAUUUGUAGUUUCCACUCAGUUAAUGAAGAAUUACAACCAUGUCUUUAUCAGCGUUUGGGCAGACAAUAAGGUUGGAUUAAGAAGUUCAAUGAUACAUUACAAAUUUCAACUUAUUCCUGGAGGUUACUUAGAUUUAAUAAGACGUUGCACGGCUCUGACAUGCCUUGGUCAUUGUAUUUGUUCGCCAAACUAUAAACGUUGUCAUCUGAACGGAGACAUAUGCACUGAUGUGACCACAGGUAACAGAAAUACCUUAAUUUCAAUAUCUGAUAUCAUUGAUCUUUCUGACAACACGGAUGUAGACUUUACACCUUCGAAUACCUUUCUGUCGGCAAAAUGGGAAAUAAGUAAACAGCAAGGAUCAUCUCCACUUUGGUAUGAAUGGAGCGUUGGUUUAACUUCACAGGAUUUACCUGAAGGUGUUAUUGAUGCUUCUAAGGAUCCAUUAUGGCAGCAUUCUGGCCAAAACAGGGAGGCUACAUACUCCUUAAAACGAGGCCAUGAGCUCACCGAGUUAUUGACAUAUUCCGUUUUUGUUCGAGUUUGGUAUAGUAGCAAUACAUAUGCAAUAUUUAAAUCAAACGGAAUAACCGUGCAGGCAGAAGAAGUCCACGUGAAUACUCAGAGAGGUGCUGCAGUUUCCGAAAAGCUUCCAUCAUUUUGGAAAAAUGACGUCGAUUUUAUCCUACCUGACUCUUUAUAUACUGUGGUAUGGAAAAAUGUUUUUAUUGCUAAGGUUGGAAGCGUAAAAAAGUUUAAUCUUUACAUCAGCACUUUCAAAGGAGGCGCGGAUCUACACAAACUUAAUCUAGACAUUGAUUCGUCAGUAGAUGCUGUCAAUAUUAGUCGACUUACAAUGAGCCCAGGAGUUGUUUACUACAGCAACGUCGUCGCAUAUACUUUUUCAGGACUACAGACUGUCGUGUCAUCAGAUGGAAUAAUGGUCGACAGUAGUCCACCUAUAUCUGGAAUUGUGUAUGAUGGUUUGGGUCUCCAUGACAUCAAGUAUCAAAAUAAAUCUGACGGAGCAUCAGCAUCAUGGCACGGAUUUACAGAUACAGAAUCAGGUAUCGAUAAGUAUACGUGGUGUGUUGGGACCAACCGGAAUGAUAAAGAAUGUGACAUUGUACCAUGGAAGUAUAUUGGAAUGCAUACAUCAGUUUCAUCAAGCUUACAGAAUCAUUUAAAUAAUGGUCAAAUAAUUUACAGCAAAGUUAUAGCUACUGACGGAGUAGGUCAUACCUCCGAUAUUACUUCGUCUAAUGGGGUAACUGUAGAUACAACACCACCCGUACCGAUCAUGUUUUCACAUGCUGCAGAUAACUUCAUAACAAAUCCUUCAUUUGAGGAAACGAAUGGUUGUUUUAUGGACAUUAAUGAUAUUGCAGUCAAUAACCUGUGUGAUAAUGCCAAUUGUUACCAACCGUUAACGUGGAGUAAAGUUGGUUGUCUAGCAGCCAUUAAAUCAGAUGUUGACACUGCUCAUGAUGGACGAUCUUUCGUCUAUUUGAAAGGGUCAAUACAACAAAAUAUACAACAGCUUUCAUCAGGACAUUUAUAUAGGUUAUCAUUUGUAAUUAGCCAUCCACCUAUUACUGCAGCGUUUGUUUCUAAUAUAGAAGGAUCCGUCAAGUUUGGCAACAAAAACUAUGUAUUUCACAUUUUUACAAAAGAAAAUCAAAGUGAUAUAGUAUGGCAUCUUCAUACAUUUUACUUCAGACCAAAUACAAACAGUUUGGAUUUGAUUAUAAGCAAUCUCGACAGAAACAUUGGAUUCCUAGUUGAUAAUGUAAAGAUUCAGGCCGUUGAAGAACAGCCAAACAGUGCUAGUGAAACACCAGUACAAGUACAUACAGUCGGCCUGCAUCUUUGGUCAUCUAUUCAUGCUUCGUGGAAUUUUGUGGAUUUCGAAAGUCCGAUAACUGAAUAUCUUUGGGCUAUUGGAAAUACAAGAGGAAACGCAGAAAUGCAGAAUUUUCAGAGUGUUGGUGAUAAUAACUUUGGUUAUAAUUACAACAUAACAUUGGCUCAUUCAUCGCAAGUUCAUGUCACAGUAGUAGCUAUUAAUGCUGCUGGUUUACAAGCUAAAGCUUAUUCAGUUGGAGUAGAUAUUGAUAAUACACCACCGGUCAUUAACCAGGUACAUGAUGGAGUAGGUGUAGACAUUGAUGGACAAACAUCUAAUAUCAUAUCAGCUAACUGGGAUGUCACUGAUCCUGAAUCAGAUAUUGAUUAUUGCGAAUGGUCUAUAGGUCUUCAACCGUAUGGAAACGAACUUCAACCGUUUACAAAGACAUCAGACGUGAAAUCUGCCUCCAUUUCGUUUGAUGAGUAUAUCAUAUCACAGAAGACAGUAUACACUACUGUUAGGUGUCACAAUAAAGCAGGCUUAUAUUAUACUGCUACGUCAGAUGGUGUUACAAUAUCUGAUAUUCCUCCUUCAAGUGACCAUGCAGUGAUAACAAUCAUUCCUCAAUCACUCACGGAAUAUAGUCCUGGUGACUACUAUCAAGAAGACAAGACGUCUGUUAGGAUAAAAUGGUCAGGAUUCACAGAUCAGUUUGGUAUUAUGUCUUUUGUUGUUCAGUUUGAUGGCGAAAGUAUUCAUUUAAAGAACUCCAUUCUAGACAUCAACAAACAAGUGUCUUACAUGGUGAUGACUGGUUUAGAUCUUCCUGAUAUCUCAUAUACUGCUAGUAUAGCUGCUAUGAAUGCUAUGUAUAUCAGGAGUAGUAAGAUUUACACGAAUAUUACAGUGAACACAUCAGCCCCUACUGUUGUUGGUGGGUCUAAACUUUCUACAGUAAAAAAGGACGAUGAGAUAAUAAUCAACUGGAAUGACUGUUUUAUUAACUCCGAUCGUCUUGUUUAUGAAGUAUCUGUAGGAACUACACAAGGUGGCGCUGAUGUCAUUCAGUGGCAGGAAACGAAAAACACUUUUAUAAAUAUAUUACUUACCGAGAAACUGAAAAGUAAAUCAAACCUCAAUCUGUUCUUUUUGAUACGAGCUAUUGAUCACAACGGGGCGUAUUCUUCAAUAAAGGAUGAUAUUUCUGUGUAACAAAGGCAGCUUGUACUCAUCUUAUGUUCAAUAUUUAGAUUGUGAGCUGUCAUUCUAAAACAAAUUCAAUUAAAAAGGGAAAGGAAAAGGUAUGAUGAGCCGUGUUUUUGACUUUAGAUUUAUAAAUUUAGUUUAAUUGGCACAAGAGCUUCAAACUUACAAUUAACUGAAAUAUAUAAAUAAUUGUGGAAGUAGUCGCAUUUUGAGGUCUCAUCUUGAAUAUUUAGAUUUAUCCUAAAAUGUAUUUAAAAAAAAAUGUUAAUGUAUUUACAAUAUCUGUUUUAGUAAAUCCCUUGUUCGUGUAUAUCAUAUUUAGUUUGCUGAGAAUAUUGUUUUCUCAUACGUCAGCAUGAGUAUAGAAAAAACCUGGCAUCAUACGUCAGCAUGAUGAGAAAUAAAGAAACUCAUACGUCAG